GACAAGUAGAGGCUUCGAAUUCCGCCUGAAGUAUGUUGUAGAUUAUUCCCUCUUGAAGUUGAACUUCUGGAAGUUGAACUUCUGGAUACUAGGAUCCUGGUGGUUUACUUCGAAGUACUAUUUCAGUAAUAAAGUAGCUGUGAGGUGUGAGGACAUCUUCAUACAAAGAAUGGGCGACUCUCCGGGAAGCUAUUUCGACCGCUUGGCUCCAGCAGGUCUAGCUACGCCUUCUGACCUUUUGAAACGACCUGCUUCGAACUCGUGCCAAAGGGCCGUUUUAGCAGCAACGCAGGCAGCCAGAGGUCGCGACGCUGUCUUGUUUCCUUCGGCAACUUCUUCGUCUUCCCUCUCGAAUCCUGCUGCUUCAACAAUGAAUGCAGCCUCCUCAUCGUCAUCUUCAUCUUCAAAGUCAAGCAUCCCUCCUAGUACCAGUACUCGACACACCAACAACUACAACACGACAAACACAACUAAAACCACGACUCCGCUUGCUUCGUCGUCAACAGCACGUUCGAGUAGUGUCACGAGAUCUGCGUAUCGAAGUCGUCUUCGCGGCAGACAUCCUUGUGAACGACCACAAUCCUCAAGUAGCUCCUUUGGCGCUGAUCCAGUAUCCUCAGUUUCAACUAUGGAACGGGUGAAGCUCAAAUCCUUUCUAGAAAAACGAUUUGGCACGUUGGACAAAGCGUUCGACUACAUCUACGAAAGUCAAGGUAGUGGUAGACGGAGUGGUAGGAGAGGACGAGAUCAUGAAGAAAGUCUAGUGGAGCAUGAUGAGCAUGGAGGUGACACCGCAGGUUCUUUUUCAACAACUAACCGGGACGAAGCAAAAAUUGACGAACGGAUCGAAACGUUGAAAAAUAAUACUUCCAGCACUUUUUGUUCCAGAGCCAGUACUACAACUUCUAGAGGGAGAGGUAGGCCAAGAGCUUCCACUUUCUCCACCACGACCGAUGACGAGGACUCCCGAAUGAUCACGUGUAUGGUGUUUCAGGAGAUCAUAGCAGUGCAAGAACGCUAUUGUAGUCUAGGGGAUGCGAGACGGCUUUUCAGCGCUUUGAAGGACCCAACAUGCGAACGAGUAACAAAAGAGGCGAUGAUAAGCGGUCUGCAAAUCUUUGGCGGCAGUACAAGAAAACUGAGCUGGUCAACGAGUCCUUGUAGAAAUAGUGGUGGUACUAAGUCAGGAGGAGGAGGAGGUAGUAAUAGUUUGAAUUUUUUUGACAAUGACGAUGGUUAUGGUCGAGAGGAGCAACAUCAAGCAGUAGGAGACGGAGAGAUACUGGAAGAUAGCGCACUUCGGUUGAGUUCUGGCAGCUCUGCAAACGAGGAGCGACGUGAUCGAGGGAGCGACAAGGGCCCCUCAAGAACGCCAAUUAUAGCAUGUGGCGAGACUUCAUCAUCACCAUCUUCCUCGUCAAGCUUCAUCAAAGGGGGAGAAAGAAAGUCGCCAACUACAGCUGUCAGUCCGCCAUCUUCUCACUCCACGUCGCCACCACGGCAAUUACCAAAAUUCGUUUCCUCUUUCGAAAAACGUCGUGACAAAAAUGGAGAUGCCAGAGUUUCAAGUAGAGUGGUCCGCGCAUUCGGUGCCGAUGCUGUUACGCCGAUUCCUGAAGAGAAGAACAAAGCUCCGACUGAAGAUGUUGAGGCAAUGAACGGCUCAACAAGUAAGGGCGACGAGGAAGGUGUUGCUGCUGGUGAAGCUGAAGCUCGUGAAAAUGCAAAGGGGUCGCCGGACCAUAAGACAGACGAGAACCAGGAACCACACGAAGAAAACAAGGACAACACUGCUACAUCAACUUCAGGUUACUUUUCUACUUCUAGAAAUGAUAUCCUCGGCAUCAUACGACCGAAGCCACCCAAUCUUCUUUCUAGUAGCUUCUCUGCGCCACGGAUCGGCUUUGGGUUUGGUGGUGGAAAUCACACUCCUAGUGGUAAGUCAACAUCAUCAACUCCUAGUUCUCCGUUUGCUGCCUUGCGAGCAUUGAGAGAAGCAUCUUCAUCACGCUCUAGGACCACGCAACGCAGCUGUGCUCCUAGAGAACGAUCACGCCGGAGACCACAGGUUGAAGAAGAUUCUGACAACCAGGAACGGGACGCCGAAAUUGAGAAUUCGAUGAAGAAACGCGAGGAGCAGAUCGCAGAAUUCUGUAAGAACAUCACACGGGAUUUGCUUGAUGAUACGGCUACUUCCUCAUCGUCUAGUGGGGGUGGCGGGGGCAGUGAGGAGGAAGGAACUAGAGGAAGUGCUGCUGACGAGGAGGCCGCAGCUGGGAAUGGAGUUGUACAAAGUGAAGAAAUGGAGGGGAGCUGUCAAGCCCUGGAGUCAACAGAAAAAUCAAAUCAGUUGCGACCACCUCCACAUGCAGAUACUGCCAGAAGUACUGUUGCUGCGAGUGCACCCCCGCCACUACAUACACCUUCGCCAGCACCUACGACCUCUUCAGCUGCACACCAUCGAUUUACAACAAGAACUACAGGUGGAGCACUCUCAGAAGAAGUAGACGAUGAAGAUGAUAGGACGAUCAAGACGUCUUCCUCUGACUGGACGUGGAGCGAUCAUGACCAAUCAGGUCCAUCCUUGUCUGAUGGUGUAAUUUUCAAAGAUGUUGGAGGACUGUCGCCUUCAUCCAAAGCGAAAAUUUCAGAUUCACAUGUCACGGGAAACGAGUUCCGCAACAAUCAAGCAUCGCAAGAUGGAGUGCCACAGCAUUUGCCAGAUCGUAUGCCUCUUGAACGGCUUGAUGGCCCUGAAGAUGAAGAAGUCGCUACACCUCGAGCUCGCAACAAGCACAGUGAAGAAGCCCUGUCGCCUCUGUGGAUGGGCUCUGAUAGUUCUUCUGACGGCGAGGCAGGAGGCAAUGCCGUUCUUGCUUCAGCUAGAUCAUCGUCAACCACCCCAAGAAAAAUCAAUGCUAGUCCACCCUUACCAGCGCUCGCAGGAUCCUGCAGCUCGCUUGAAGAUACUUCUCUGAGGCGGGUUAAUAGUGGUGGCGCAGGAGGUAGCCUAGAAGUACCAGGUUCAUGUUCAUCAGGAGAAACAUACUACAACAGCUCGUCGAAGUACUAUGACUUUGCUACGACUUCUUCCAGCAUUUUUAGCGGAACUGCUACAGCAUCGACAAGCGUAGGUGCUCGUGAAGAUGCUCAUCUUACUUCCUCUACAGCGUCGAAGACAACGCCUGCUUCAGUCGACACGUUCUACGCCAAACGGUCCUCUCCGUUAGACGACGAGGAGGAGGAUCGCAAGUUACAUCGUACACCACUAUCAUCAUCUUCAUCACUAGCGUACUCCGGCUCCUCACCACUCGCUACAUCUAGUCGUCGGUUGUUACUGUCUUCUGGGGGUCUCUUCGGAUCUCGGUCAUCGCCUGAUACUGAUGAAAAACUCGUCAAAGAGGAUCAGAAGGUUCAUCUUCGCCGUGAUGAUGACGCGACACAGCUUGUUGAUGCGGAAGUACGGGAGGAGGAAAAGACGACGCAAAUAACGACAGAGCUGCGCACUUCGACGUUUCUACACCGCGACACUUCACAAUCGCCGGUCUUGGGAUUUGACUCAAGAGCGACAACUGGUUCUCCACCAGAGAUGCACCAUGAUGGAGCACCAGAGACAGGGUUAUCCUCGUCAUCCUGCUCAAAUCAACCUGCAAGAAGAAAAUCCCGCUUACAUCGUUCGCCUGUCUUUGGCACCAAUGCCCAGGAACAAGGACUUCUAGACGACUUGAAUGUCAGCGUCUCUGAUCGCGGCGACGAGGGAGAAGGGACUACUUCUACGACUCCUAGAGUUCUUGACGAGAACAACCACCUUGACAAUGCUGGUCCUGUACAAGAAAUAGAACAACAAGAAGAUGCUGAUGAACAGAAUAGUAAUAGUUUUGUCGAGUUGGAAAUAACACCUUCGGCUGGUGCGGCUGGUUGUGCUGCGGCAAGUGGCAUGGGUGGUUCGUUUUCGUUUCUUGGUGAAGAAGGACAGGACGUAGACGACGAGAGUGAAGGCGAACGAUUGAUUCAUGAUUCGCAGACACGUCAGCUUCAGCAUUAUUCCCGAGAAGACUUGAACAAAGACGACGAAAACGCGCAGUCUUCUUCUUCAACUGGAGUAUCAGGAACCGGAGUAGAAGGAGCAACAUCAGAUGACCACCAUCGUCCAGAUGAACUAGAACCUGCAACUUGUUCUGCUGGUGGUACUACUACUAGUACAACUCUCACUCCCAAGAAAGGACCCGAUGUCGAUUUCUAUGGCGGGACAAAAUACUAUCGAAUCGCAAGUCCAUCGGAAAGCGAUAAUAGUGGGAACCAGAGCAACAUCUUGUCUCCCGAAAGCGAGGGCUUGACGGCUCGAAUGGGUGACGAUCCUUGGUGGGCUCAAUCAGAACCAAGGAAGCGCACGACGACGUUGGUGCGACGCGAUGGAGCAGGGGUGUCAGGAUCUACUACGAACUCUGAGGUAGGUAUUGCUGCUACUGGAGGAUCAGAAACAAUAACUGUAAACGCCGAGGAGGAGGAAGAAGAAGCUGUUGAAGGUCCUCUGAACACAACUAUGAGUGAGCGCGAAACUUCUAGAGGUUUGUCCGCUAGUAGCGCAGGAGUUGUGGAUGCACCACCUCCCUCUAGUACAACAGGAGGAUUCUUGUACCAUGACCUUGACGGGAACCCGCUAGACAACUGCUCUUCUAUGCUGUCGAAUGAAGAAGAUGGUUGCUCGACGGCGCGCGGAGCACCACAAUUAUCAUCUGCCAGGCAGAUCAAAAAUCUCAAUCAUGACGAUCAGAACGAUAACCGCUUGCUGUCACCAGUUUCUCCUUUCCUCGAUGUUGACUACGUACUUGGUGGAGAAGAAAAAGAAGGAGAUGCUCUUCAGCUAGGCAACUCAAACUCUGAUCAUCUCACUGCGGAUCUCCAUUCUAGCACCGAAGUACAAGAUGAGGAUGACGAGGCCUCGGGGCUCUAUCCGUGUCGACUUUCUGGGCUUAGCGACUCGGGAUUGAAUAUGACAAACGCGCUGAACAUGACGAACGCUCAGGUGGAACAACAAUCUGGUGCAAAUUCGAUGCUGUUUGACGACGAUCGAAGUCGGGUUUUCUCAGAAGCUCGAACGAAAGGCUCUUCCAGCUCGUACUUCAGCCAUAACAGAGAUGAAGAAAAUCACAGAUCAACAUCUUCAGCAGGCACCAGUAAUAGCAAGAAGGGUUUUGAACGAAAGAAUGUGGCUUUCUCUUUGGACGAUAUAGAAGAGGCGAGAGAAGAAGACAUCAAGUUUUCUUCCAGCCACGAGCAUGAAGCACAAGUGCAGCUCCCACGACCUCCUCAGAAAUGCGACUAUAUCUCUAUGACAGACGACGAGGAGGAGCUUCUUCAAGACUGUUUGAAUGCCUCGAUGAUUCUCAAUGGACAGUACGAUAACAAAAUCGAACUCGAAGAUGAUGAACAAGAUCUUCAUGAAGAUGAUUUCCUAGCAGACGAGCGAUCCGGGAGGCCGAGGAGUAGAGGCUUCCUCGAAGACCACGAUGAGCUUAUCGACGAUGGCAGCUCUAUCUCUAUACUCUCAAGAACAUCUGGCCGCUUCGCACGGCUUCAGAAAAUUGUGGAGGAGAGGGAGUCUGAACUUUCUUCUGCGUCAUCCGUAGGGAGUACGAAACCAGCUAUGGGCGGUUCAGCCUCAGCCGCCUCAGCAUCUGCUUGCAAACAAGCUAAACAAGCAGCUCUGCUACCUGAGCCACGACUUGUCGCUGCAGGGACUGCCUUAAGUUCAUCAUCAUCAACCUCACCACCGAGACAGCGACAGGAGAAGCUACACGUUGAAGAUGACACAUGCAUGCCUGCUACAAGUUCAGAAUUAAAAAUUCAGGUCAACGUAGAAUCGAAAACUCAGGUUGCUGGAGCCUCCAUUUCUUCUGUUUCGACAGGAGUGGCACCUCUUUCCUCAUCUCCAGUCCCCAAGCUCUCGCUCCCGAAGCAUCCUAAUAGCCCUGUCUCGUCAAACCCUCGUCGGAUAUCAUCCACCUACACUGCUACCGAUGAAGAGGACGAUUUGCGACUGAGCAUCGACAGUGUGAGACCGCCUAUUUAUCGGCCAGAUUGGUGUUAAGGCUGUACCUAAUUAUACAUCUUUGGACGCAUGAUCCUUGAAACGUAUGGAGGAGUAUGAUCCGAAGGGAAUACUCCCCCAUAUUUUUCAAGGAUGCACUUGAAAGAUGAAUUACGGACAGCUCUAAUGGUGGAAGACAGAAGGGAAGAGGUCAUGGGAAUCGACGACCACGCCCUCAAACUUCGUGGAUCAGAGCUAUGCUAGCAGUAGUGGGGGUGGACUUGUUGCUGAUGCAGCAGGGGGUGUGCCAGGAGGACCAAUCGUGGCUGAAGCUCCUCAUCUUGCAAUAAAUGAUGUAGAACUUCUACUACGAGAAAGAGGUCCAGCACAAAAGCGAGACAGCAAGAAUAGCAACAGUAGUACGAUCAUUUCUCUGGAGGCGGGUACUUGUUUUACUGACCGAGGCAUGUCAACACCAGCUGGCGGCACAGAAGUGGCGGAUGAUGUAGCUGAAGGUCGAAGGGAUCAUACUAGUAGAGACCAGCACGCGGCCUCGAAAUCACUGCACGAGUUAGAGCAAAAACGAGACACACUGAUGUCACAAAUUGAAGAACUGAAAGAGAGGUUACGGAACAACUUCUCUGGGUCCGUGGAGGAGGGUCUCAACAAGCUGGAAGACAUCAACAUCGACAUCCAUCAUGAUUCUUCUGUAGCUCGUGGUAGGGGUAGGAGUAGCAGCGAAAGCCGCAUCGUCCUACAGGAUCGGGAUCCGAGUGCGUCGCCGGAACUUUUAACAGAUGCAGCGCCGCUUCGUGCCUCGUCUACUAGAACUAGUCCUGCCGUGAUCGAGGAUUUGAAGGAACAACAACUCCAACUAGAGACGACAAGAAAUAGGGGCACCAGCAGACGUGAAAGUCCUCGACGAAGACUCUCAUCUUCCGAAGUAUCGUCUUCAAGGGCUUGCUUACCAGAAUUCCCAAUAUUGACAACUACUUGUACUUCGGGUUUGACUCUUACACCCGCGAUGAAGACGCGAGAAACUGUUGUCCUUGAUGUCGCUGCUGGCCUAAAUGUCGAUAGCGAUCUCCAACUCGAAGAGGUGCGGCAGGACGGUGUAAACUCUGGUAGAGCAAGAUCUACCUCACAAAAUAAGGCGUCAUCUGAGAAGCAGCAUUCGAGUACCAACAACAACAACAACAACAACAGCGAUAAGCGAUCAUCGCCUUCCGUCAGGACGCCAGGAUCUGUGACGCCACUUUUGAGUGGCAAUACAACGCCGCUGAGGGGUAGACAGAUCAUCGACUUACUAGGUUCAGACAUCAACAAGGAGAACGUUCUUCAACUUGUCGAGAAUCGUGAGCUUCUCGAAGACCAACAACCAGAAGUCGGAAGUUCUGUUUCGGCGCCCUCUGUGAAUGCAAUGCUCUCGUCAUCGUCGCCACUGGACGAGGGCAUUAGUGGUCAUACCAGUACCACGAUAUUAGAGCACCAGUUAGCUUCCAACUCUCCCCUCGCGUCUCCAGUAGUUUCAAAAAGAUGUAGUUCUCAAACAAGGAGAUUGUUCUCUUCUACUCCGUCGACUUCUUUUGAGAAACAGCAUCGGUCUGUAGAGGCACAACUUCAACUUCAACCAGUAGACUUUCACUUUCAUCCAACACAAGAACGGAUCUCAUCUUCACCUAAAGAUCUCUCUGCCUCAAGCGCGACUCCUACGUUCGUGAAACUACAUCAAGCAGGCGGGACUACUACCCCGCGCGUCGAUCACUCCUAUAACUCUCUUUUGUCGACGACUGCCUGCGAGGAAACGCAUCUGCACUCUGGCGAUGACAAUAGAAGCACUCCGGUGAAAGAAGUAAUGUCAUCCGGUCGUAGCUGUGAAGAAGCUGUAUUGGUGAACAACUUUAGUUCUUGUUCUAGCGCGGCAAGAAGAAGUAGUUUGGACAAUAUUAUGCAUUCGUCGAGUAGUCCGAAGAGGAGAAGCGCUCCUGAUGAAGCAGCUGCACGCAAUCAACAACAAGAUGCAAUUGCGGGAGACGAUGGAGCUCUACUUCCUCCAGCUAGCAUCAUGAAGGGAGAAAGUCCAUCAUCGCCUUCAAGAGGCAGAGUUGCAGCAUCGGCACAAGCGGCAGGCGGAGGCUUCUAUCUUUCUGCUGCAACUCGCCGCUUUAUCGAGCAAGCGUCGCCAGCAGAUUUUGAGGAAGAACCACGACAGCGGUCAUCUUCUUCAUCAAAGCGAAGAUACGAUCGGAAAAGUCAAGGUCACCAGGAGCAUCAUGGGCAGGAGCAUCAUCACACGACAGGUGGAGCACAGCAAGUGCAAGAGGAGGGAUCUACUAUAGAGCUGCUGGAGAGUCGUGCUAGCAGUAGCGUGGAGGUCCUCUACAGUGAUGCUUGUGUGUCGGAAACCUCGGUGUUGCCUGAAGACUCGUCGUGGUCACGGUGCUGGGGAGAAUUAGUGGACUUGGAAGAGGCAACGUCAACAAGCUGCACGGAUGCCGAAGAGCAGGAGGAUAGGAGCAGAACUCAGAACUACUACGAAAAUACAAUAACAAGGACCAGGAGGUCCUCGCAUCAAAGGAAAAGCAGUAGUUGUGAAACUAGAGUUUGCAGCAGCUCGAGUGUAGUUGGCGCCGCUGGCUUAACGGGAGUUGCAGUCGUUGAGAGAGGCACAAGCUGCAGUAGCAGUGGUACUAAUACCUUGAGUUUCUCUGUCACUUCUUCCAGUAACGGUCGUGAUUUUCAACUCCAACCACAUCCACAUUGUAGCGAAGACGCUGAAGUCAGGAACCGGAUCGAAUUGCCAGAAUUGGACUCCGUUACCCUUGAUGUCCUGGCGCCAAAGACGUCAGAAGUGUCUCAAACGACAGUAAGAGCAGGGCCAGGUGGAGUGGGAGUGCUUCUUUCAUCUUCCACUUUGGAGCGGACGUGUGAUCCAGAGACACGACGAAGUAUAGGACAUUUCCUAUCGUCUUCGGAUAGAACACCGGAAAAGCUACAGGCUCUUCAGAUUGGAGUCGAAAGGGAAAGCAGAGUUGAAGGGCCUCUUCUAGAAAAGGGAGCUAAUCAUGCUAUUUCUAAUUCAGGAAGCGCUACAACAAGACCUGCUUCUCCUUCAUCUGAGACACACCAGGAGAACCACGCUUUUCUACAAUCUAGCUCGAUCUCAAAGUCAUCGACAAUCGUCGGGAGUGUCGAAGAUGCAUAUGAUAGUGGCGUCAUAGAUGAUGAUGCAUGUCCUCUAGGUUAUGACCGUGACGCCGGUGCCGACACAUGCGACUCGUCUUCAGGCGGCCCUGCAAGAGCCGUAACACUUCCUUCAUCUAGUAGUGACGACUACGGUCUUCGUCAUGAUGAGCAGUACCACAGAAAGAGUAGAAUAAAGAACGUGGUCGAAGGAAAUUCUCAUCAACGACAACAGCUUCGAAGUGAGAACGUGUCGAGUAGAAGUAUCCAUUGGCAUGGACAUGGGCCUGAUCGCUUGUCAAUGUUGAGUACUAAUGUUGGGAGAAACACUUCUUGCUGGGACGCUCGUACCACGCAACAAAGCAUGCUAGAACUAGCUUGCUGCUCUCCACUAGAAUCGCCAGUGCAGCCUAAGGCACUGUUUGGCGCAGAUGAAGAAAAGUGCGAAGAUGAACAACAUGAACGUCUCAGUGCAUCAAGAGCUAACGAACAUAACCCGACGCUUCACCUAGUCCGCAGUCGCACAGCAUCUGCAUGGGCAGGAGCGCGGGAGCAACUGGUGACGGGCGCCGGUCUAGGAGACGUUCCACCAAUUAUAGCUGCAAGUUCUAGGGACGAUCGCUCAAGUUCACGAGGUGCUCCUGCAACUAGAAGGCGCCUUUCAGCAACAGCGGUCGUUUCGCACUUGCAGAUGGCAUCUAUUCUGAGUUCGGAAGCGGCGCCAGAAGAAAAGAUCUCCUUAUCGUCUGCAUCGGAGUCGGAAACCUUGCCUCAGAGAAGAACUUUCGCACACGAACAUCGCGAUCAAUACCGCGUUCAACAUCAACAUCGUCCUAGUACAGCGUCCCUGAUUCAACUGCAGCAAAGGUUGUUGGAGCAAAACGAAUUGAGGGUACGUGUGGACGAGGAAGAAGCCAAAGAGGAACAUCGUCGGAGUGCGUCUUUCUCAAGUAGAACACCUCCGGAACAAGACGACCAUGGCCAUGCUCAUCGCAGUGUUGUGUCCUCGUCAGGAGACGCAGAACAGUAUGACGGUGACUUUCAUCAUCGUCGUGGUCACUGCCUGUACAGUGAUAGCCCGUCACCAGAUGAUAUGGACUCAUCACAAUCACCGCGUCAUGAUCUUUAUCCGAGACAUGUUGUUGCUGAUCACUACAACAAGAAGAACAAACUACCGGAAGGAGCAACUUCUUUGAAGAAAAGCUUUUAUCAACAGCAGCAACAUUCAGAUUCACGAAUACUUGGCUCCGAUCAAGAACAACAUCUCAGAACACCGUGCUGCAGCGAAGAAGACGUGUCGAACAAUAGCACCACAUGUUGUAGUACAACUGGAUCCGGGGAGGAUUAUCAUUACACUGGAGGUGAAGACGUCGAGGAUCACGAUGAUCCUUUCGGUCUGGUUGCCUCUUCGGAGGCAGAAGCCGUCUCCCUGAUGAACGACCUGAAGGCGCACACGGAAAUGCUAAAACAGGAACUUCGCAGAGCACAUAGUAGAGAGGGAGAACUCAGAAGCAGCAUUGAGAACUUUCUCGACUAUGGGCAAACCGCAGCCGUUAAUAAUGGUCGCAUAAGUGAUAAUGAUCUUCCUCGUAUCAAAAUGCUGGAUGAAGGAGCUUCAAUGUCUCCUAGUAGAACUUCUGCACCGCCACUGAAGACACAACCACAAGAACAUCACAGUAACAACCACAAGCUCACAAGUGCAGAUCAGUUUGGACUCCUGUCGGCUUACGAGGAGCAACUGCCGCAAACAGCCUUUGUGAAAGAAGUUGUCGGGGAAAUGAGAACCCUGAUUGAGGAACUCCGGAAAGCCCACGAGCGAGAAAGCGAACUCUUGGACCAGUAUGACCGCCUAUCUGAUUACGCCUUACUAAGGCGUAAUCAGGAACAAGAGGAGGAGGGCUACGGCGGCCGUGUGGUCUAUGAAGUCGCUGGUAUCUAUUUAUAAUUCACAUUCUCACAUUGAAAUUGAAUGAUGAUGAUUCAUUCACAUUGAAUUUGAAUGAUGAUGACAUUCUUAUUUGGAUGGUGAGGUGUUAUUGUUUUGCUUUCAACUCCCUGACUCUUGGCAUGAUCUAAGAACUAUCGUAAGAAUCAGGUGUGAAGAAGUUCGUCCUCGUCGUGUCUCAAGCUGUAGCUAUCAUCUUGAAACUUCCUCCAGGUCCUCGCCAUCCUGAGAAUGACAUGGCGUCGGCGUAUACGCAAGCUACCCAGGAGCCGUUCGAUCGUUUGCGAGAACUGGAGGUGCGCUACCGCGCAACAUACUUCGGUCAGGAAUUCAGUGUCUAAGUGGGUGGGUUUGUAAGCGCGUUUUUCUUGCACUUGCCAUGAUCGUCUCUGGUCCUAUUAAGAUGUCUCUUCCUCUAAAAACAAUAUGUGCUACGUAGAAGUUCACAGACGAAUGUGACAUUAUGCAAGCUGAUAAUUUCCUAUCGAUUUCUACUAGUUCUACGUAUUUACGCAACUUUUUCCUUUUCGAGAAUUUACACCACAGCGGGUGCGACCGCGACCCGGCCUUUCUGGUAUCUAAAUCUAUUCCUUGUGACAAAAGAUAUGUAAUGAAUCACUCAGCUUUUGUUCCGUAGUCUUUUCAGCAUAACGAUCAUGACUCAGAUUCUCUUCGCAUGGUCUUUUACGAAUUUGUGUCUCGUCCCAUAAGAUAAUAACGGGAGAAACAUUUUCAAUUAAACUCGCCUAAUGUCA